GUGCUGCAACAACUUCCAGAAACCAGCAAGCGACUGACUGGGAGAAGCAGCGCACCGGGGAAAGAUCCGCCGUCGAACCAAGGAUCUGGCGAAGGAAGGGCAUACGCGUGCACGAUCUUCACGAGACAUUGCAUCACUUAUACCUGCUCGCCGACAACCCACACUGUUUGCUGGUCAAAGCAAUUCGUGCGAACUGGACGCUUGCGAAACCAUUCCUUUUGCAGAAACAUGAACGUCUCCAUCCCAAACACCAAGUGUUCCCCAUCAGACUAUGAAGCCAAAAUGGUGGAAGCACAGUCACUCUUCCGACGUGUUGUGAAGGCCGAAUUGCAGCUGCUCUUAGAUCAAAACAUCGCCCGAGACAUGGCUGUGAAGAAGUUGCUCCAACGUAUCGUCAAGAGCGCGACAGAGCCAUCUGAAAGCGAAGUGCGAAAAGUCAUGUAUCAAUUCCAAAUGAACCGCGACGACGCGGUCCGCGCGCUCAUUGUGAAACAGGAAUUGGCAAGAUUGAAACAACGUGGAUUGAACUCGUUUGCUGCUAUCACCGAACUCACGUUAAAGAUGCAGUUGCUGCUUCCGUUGUCCCCAAUGAGCAACCGAGACUCAGACGAUGAAGCGGGUGAACCUGACCCACUCGUCUUAACUGCUGUGGAAGCAACAACAACAACGUUACCAACCACUGCACAGAUAGAGUCCGCCCAUUCAGAAGAGCCAAACUCAGUCGCCAACUCCCUUGUCCAUGCAAAACGAAAACGAAAGGCAUCCACCUUGUCGUCUUCAACGUCCCCCGGUGCGGCUGGUGCUGCGACUUCAUCGAUUGCGGAGUCACCAGGCAUCUCAAAAUCCUCGUCAGUAUCGCCACCCCUUUCACCGACGGCAGCAGAAGUGGACGAUUCCAACGCUGCCUUGUCGAGGGAAGUUUCUUUGUGUCAGCGCAUCGGCAACUGGUCUAUUUCAGCGUCUGCCGCGUCGCCAAAGUCCGGUGACACGUCGUCUACAUUGAUCUCGAAGUCCACUCGCAAGAGGCGCAAGAUCGACAUUGAAAACAGCGGAGGCAGCGGAGACAAAGCAGGAAACAGUCGUGUCUUUGGCACGAAGAAGAAGCUCCUCCUGGACGUAGACCAGAAGUUCAAGGCCCAGUUUCACGGCAAUAUUGUCAAGCUCGGUAAAUCCAACAACCCACCCAAGUCGAACAAGCGAGCAUGGGCCAAAUGUAGCGAUAGCAGCAGCACGAAUUGCAUCACAAACGGCAGUGACGCGGUAGUAGAAAGCCCUUCCCACUAUAACCCCAAGAAACACCGCAGUGAUUAAGUUAAGACACAUUUGAGUUUUCCA